AUGUGGCUCCAAAUGUGGCAUCCAGAUUUCAAGCCGGAAGAAGACUCACCAAUGGCUCCAAUUUGGGUACUCCUUCCUAAACUUCCUUUUCAUUGCCACGCAUGGAAUUAUGUGAGACAAAUAUUAGAGCCGAUAGGAACCCCUCUGAUUAUGGAUGCUGCUACAAGCAGUAGAACUCGACCUAGCAUGGCUAAAGUCCGGGUUGAAGUAGAUUUAACGAAACCACAAAUUGACAAAAUAUGGGUGGGUUUGGAGGAUGAAUCACACCCUCUCAAAGGUUUUUACCAAAAAAUUGAGUAUGAAAGUGUUCCAAAAUUCUGCACACAUUGCAGGAAAAUAGGACACUCUCUAGUGCAAUGUAGGUUUGCCAAAAAGAAAAACGAUGAGAAUAAGGAUGAAGAGAAUCGGGAAAUAGUAGAUCAGGCUGAGACAAGCAAAAAUAGAGACAAUAAGGGAAAAGGCAAUUUUGAAGUAGAGAUAGAAAAUAGACAGAUAGAAGAAAUUGUAGUGGAAACCCAAGCAGCUAAGACCAAAGGGGGAAAACACAGGGAAAAGAGAAAGCAAAGAAGAAGAAGGAAUGCUCUAAAAGUAGUAAGAAAUAAAGGCAAAGGGAAUCAUAAAAAUGAGGAUAAGAAUCAGAGGGAGGAAAAGGAAAAAGUGGAGAAAGACCAAGAAAAGGGAAAUAGCAAUGAGCAGGACAGUAACCAAUUUAUUAGUAAGGAACAACAACUUACUGAUGAAGUAGAGGGUCAGAAGAAGCAUACUAAUGUAGAAAAGAGUGGAAAGUUCAAGGGAACAGGAACACCAGAGGAACAGCAAGACAAUACAAAGGAAAAUCAGACUCCUAAAACUGUGGUAGUUAUCACCACCAGUGAAAAGGAGGAAAACAGUACUCAUGAAAUAACUGUUCCUAUCAAUCCUCCAGUCAAAAUUCAGAAUGCAUUUCAGAGCAUAGCUGAUGAUACUAGACAACCUAUAGAGGAGGAAGAACAAGAGCAAAGCAGUGAGAACACUCUAUCUGAAAUUAUGGUCCCAGGAACUAACCAGAAGAAGAAGAUACAUGAGAAGCAUGUUGGCACUGAUGCAAACGAGGAACUUCCUGAGAAAUCAGAAACUGGCUCUAGUUAUGACAAGAAAGAAGAGGCUGAUAACUGCGAGUUCAAUAAAGACAUGAAAAGUGAACAAGAAAAUGUUGAUAGCCUAUCAGAUGAAGAAGUGGCUGAUAGCCUGAUCAAUGCCUUUGCACCAGAACCGAAUAUGGAGUGUGAGGUGCAAAAUCAGAUCAAGGAGGCUGUGGAUAAAGGGAAUCUAUCCCCCAGAGGAACUGAGAUUCCUGGAAAAAAGAAACAAAAACAAAAACCAAGUACUUCAACCCCUGCAAUGGUCACCAGAGGCAAGGGAAGAGGAUAA